AUGGUGCUUGCGGCUGUGGGUCAGCUGUGUGCAACAGCUUGCAUCAAGUCCAAUUUGAUUCAAUGUCAGACGUUGGUCCGAAAGGCUGCUCUCGCAGGGGCGAAGGUUCUCUUCUUGCCCGAGGCCUCAGACUACAUUGCGACCUCGGCGGAGGAGUCGUUUGCUCUUGCCAAUUCCUCGGAUUGUGCCCACUUCAUCUCCGCUCUAAAAGAUGAUGCCAGACAGGAGGGCAUACAUAUCAACGUCGGCAUUCAUGAAGUGGCUUCUGGUCACAGGCUCAAAAACUCUCUGGUCUGGAUUGACGAUAAAGGCACCGUCACUCAAAAUUACCAAAAGAUCCACCUCUUUGACGUUGAGAUCAAAGAUGGUCCUAUUCUCCAGGAGAGCAAAAACGUCGAGCCCGGUCAAAAGAUUAUCUCACCCUUCGACACGCCAAUUGGACGCGUCGGCCUUGCCAUUUGUUUUGAUUUGCGCUUCCCAGAAAUGAGUCUGGCUUUGCGCCGUCAGGGUGCAGAAAUUAUUACCUAUCCAUCGGCAUUCACUGUGCCUACGGGUAAAGCGCAUUGGGAGCCAUUGCUCAGAGCAAGAGCCAUCGAGACUCAGUCUUAUGUGAUAGCAGCUGCGCAAGCCGGCUCACACAACGAGACGAGGCGAAGCUACGGUCAUUCAAUGGUGGUCAACCCAUGGGGAGAGAUUAUGGCGGAAUUGGGUGAAGAUUUUACCGAGCCUCGGUUUAUGACUGUGGAUAUUGACCUCGAUCUUGUUUCGAAGAUCCGAAGGGAAAUGCCACUGUUGAGGAGGACCGAUGUCUACCCAGAGGUAUAA